AUGGAAACCUUAUCACUGCUGUCAGCCAGACAGCUUGCAGAGGUGUCCUCCACACCUGGACAGCUCACCUCUGCUGCCCAGGUUAACCAGCUAAUGGCAUAUGUCCCCAACGAUCGCCUCCCUGCCUUCUUUGAUGACUUUACAUCUGCUAUUGCUGGUCAUGAAAACAUGUAUCCUACUCCGGUGAGGUCAGCCAUGUUACAAGUUGUGUUCGAUCGUGCAAAUCUCUCCAGUAAUGCAGUGAGUGAUCAAGUUGUGUCAGUGUGGCUACAAAACCGCCUGCCCCCCCUGCUGGUCAACCUGUCAUCAACCCAAGUUGCAGCGUUCUUCGGGAUACUGGCGGGAAGGAGCUGCAGUAUAGGGGAGCAGGGUGUAGGGGACCUGAAUGCAACAAUUUCAUCUCUCAGUGAUGAUACCAAGAAAGAAAUCUACAACAACAUCAUUCAGACUCUCAGAGGACCAGUACCUCUUCGCUGCUACGAUGGCUACUACAGCGGCAACUACAACGUCAGUUACUACAGUUUUCUGCAGCGUUCAUUCAUGGGAUUCCAGUUCCCCAUCUUGACCACCUUCCUGUCACUCAUGCCUCAAGACAAAACAUCUCAGCUGUUGAACUCCAUGCCUCCAUCUGAUCUUGGGGAUUUCCUCCGUCGCCCAAAUGCUGUCGACAGCGAUGCACAACUCUGUGUGCUCUACAACAACUACAAGAAGACAGAGGCCUUCCUGGAGACCGAGCCUCUCCCGGUGGUGGUGAGGCAGGCCACACUGCCUUGUGUCUGGCCCAUGGCUCUCAGCAGCACCAAUAGGUCAGAGGUCAAUGCUUGGUUUGACCGAGGCCUCCGCGACUACCUGGGGUUCCUCACAAAGAAUGAGAUCAUCCCCAGUAUCACAGGCAACGCCUCAUGUCUGGCCUUCCAAAAGUUGUACACAGGGGCGGCAACAAGGUGUUACAACCCCAACGACGCAGACCUCAGCUCUACCGCCUGGUUUGUUGAGUACAUCGGAUCUUUCUUGUCUUUCCUCACUCUGGAUGAUCUUCAGACAUUUGGAUCAUCACAGGUUCUCCAGGUGUUCACAGUGAACCCCCUCAACAUUGCCCUCUUCAGCCAGUAUGUCUCAUCUCUCGACCUCAUCAAGUACUACACUCAGCUUGUUUAUCAACAGGACAGCAACUUCAAUCCCUUACUUCUUCCUCCAGUGUAUCGGUGUGGUGCUCCUGGUCCAGCAUUUACCCAGAUGAACGUAACACAAAGUACGAUGGUUCUGAAUGAUCUGAACACGUUCUGUACCAACCUUGACCCACAGAUUUCUGCAGCUUUAGUGAGUAACUUUGGAACCCACAUUGAUGCAGCUGUCCUUGCUGCCCUCGGCAAUCAAAGCACCGGCAUGUCCAUAGGCCAGAUCAACAAACUAAAUCCUGCGGACCUAUAUAGUACUCUCAACACCCUUAGCAAUGUGCAGGGGUGGAGCGAAGGUCAGGCCAAGGCCGUUGUCCAGGCUCUGAUUUCUUCAGGACUCAUACAGAUCAACAGCCAGUCGGAUUUGGAGAAGCUGGGCUCUCUUGUUGUGGGUGUUCCUGCUUCAGUGAUCCACGCCAUCAGUGGUUCCCAGCUGAUUAGUGCAUCCAGAAACCCUACAUUCCUGGAGAACUUGAUGGCUUCUCCGGACAUCAUCCAGCAGACCUUUGUUACUCAGAUCAUAUCAGUGAACAGCAGCAGUGAGGCGAUCAUACAGAACGUUCCAGAUCAAUUUGCCACUCAGAUCCCUCCAUAUCGGUUGGUGGGCUUCUCAAAUAAUGCCGACAUUAUCAGAACACUCAACAAGAAGACUUGGAAGGCGCAACAAGCUGAGUUAUUCUUCAACAUAAUAGCAGAUGAAAGUGCAACCGCAGUGCUUGGUGGUCCAAACAAUGUGUCGUCCUCUGUGCUGCAAGGCUUCACCUGCACUGGAGUGAGGAAUGUUAACCCAGCACAGGUCGAGAAGCUGAUCAAAGCCUGUCGGAGGACAGGCAAGAAUAGGGUGCCACUGGAGGAGGCUCAGCUGACCUGCAUGUACAACUACGUCAAAGGAGAGUCGGAUGCCAACAGCUUCAGCCUCUUUCCUCCUGAUGUGCUGAUGUAUUAUGAUUACUCUGUGGUGCCACAGGACAACUGCAGGGACUAUUUUACACAGAUGGCAGGUGGAAAUUUUUUCGUCUUCUCUUCAGUCCUCAGCUACUUAAAGACGAACCUGUUUGCUAAUGCCAGAAACUGCCUGGAAAUAACAAACACAGUUUUGACUAAGGAUAAUAUAAUAGUGUUGGGAAACAUGUGUUGCACUUUGGAUGGGCCCUACAUCACGAACUCUGACCCAUACAUCUUGGAACAAAUGAAGAACUGCCCAGACCUCACUCCCACUCAAUCAGCUGCUGUUCAAACAAUCCUGCUGAGCGGGACAAGUCAGUAUGGAGCUACAUCGACAUGGAAUGACCAAACUCUGAUGAACCUUGAGAUUUUACCACUGCAUAUGAACUCAGACUUCUUUAAUAUCUUUGACAAAGUAACCACCAAGAAAUACUUUAAGGGCUUCCUGCCUUCUCUUAAGAGAAAAGGAGUGGGUCUGCAGAAGAUGAGAAGGCUGAAAGAACAAAUAAGACUGCACAGUAGUAGCAAGAGGUCAAAGCGAGCAGCAGUCAAUGAAUGCACUGUAGGAAUUAUCACAGCGGUGACCAUCAGCGAUGAGACGUUUCCCUAUUAUGACUAUUCUGACAUAAACCAGUUCGACUCUUGCCUCAGUGCUGCAAUUGUUAAAGACAACUUGGAUGUCAUCACUAGUAAGGUGGACACUGUGGACUAUCUCAGGAUUGUUCUCAACAAGCUGAAUGAGGCCUACCCCAGCUCUGUCCCAGAAGAUCAGGUUCAGCUCUUAGGCCCAGCGUCUCGUGUCGCCACCACUGACGACAUCAACAAGUGGAACAUCACUCAGAUCGACACACUCUCUGCACUGAUGGAUUCAUCCAACGGACCGUGGGACCCUAGCUUGGCAAAGGCCAUCAUCACUAAGUAUCUGAGUAAGGCAGAGAACAAACUCGGCAGUGCGGAGCUUAACGUCAUCGGAGGAGUCAACCUCUGCUCCCUGGACAUUGAUGUUUUGAAGAGCAUUUCCACACAAAGCAUCAAGUAA